AUGAUUUCAUCCAAACAUCUCCUUCUCAUCUCAUCGAUUCUGGUAGCUUCUGUACAAGCUGGAAGAUACAGAAGACAAGGAUUACCGACGCUCGGAGGAUUGGGAGAGCUAAAUGAUCUACUCCCAUGCAACGCAUUCACAAGAUGCAGUGGUAAAGGAUUAUGUCUUGGAACAGCCAAGCAAUCCACGUGUAUGUGCUUCCUGGGAUGGACCGGAGAUUCGUGUGACUCUGUUGCAAAUUUGAUGGACCCAUUCAAUUUGUUUUCCAACAAUAACAACAACCAAAUGUUCUCCAAUCUUUUCCCAACUACCAGUUCUUUAAACUUGUUGAAUAACCCAUUUGGUUUGGAUGACGAUGUUUUGGAGAGAUGCACAGCAAGUGACUGUAAUGGAAACGGAGUCUGUGUCGGAUCGAAGAAGGCCCCACUAUGCUUGUGUAACCUUGGAAAGACCGGAUUCAAAUGUGAAAGUGAAAUCUCAGGACUUUUGAACAUGGAUCCAUCAGCUCCAAUCACAUUCUGUUCUCCAAGUGAUUGUAACAACAAAGGACUCUGUCUUGGCACAAAGAACAGUUUCUCAUGUGCCUGUCAAAUUGGAUACACCGGAUCCAAAUGCGAAAAGACGCCAGUUGCACUCUGUGACGCCCGUGACUGCAGCUCAAAUGGGUUGUGCAUUGGAACUAAGGAUGCUAUGACUUGUGCUUGUUACCUUGGAUAUUCUGGAGACAGAUGUGAAAAGAUUACUGGAACCAUGUGUGAGGCUUCUGAUUGUAAUUCCAAUGGUAUUUGCAUUGGAACCAAAAAUAUGAAGUCAUGUAUCUGUGCUCCAGGAUUCUUUGGUUCGCGGUGUGAAUCUAGAUUUACUAUUCUUCCUGGAACAGAAGCUUUGUUCUGUGAGUCCAAAGAUUGCAAUGGAAAUGGAAUCUGCAUUGGAAACAAACUUCUUCCAAUGUGUAUCUGUGCUCCUGGAUUCACUGGACUUCGUUGUGAACUCGAACCACUUUGCACUGGAGCUCUUCAGUGUUCUGGAAACGGACUUUGUAUCGGAUCUCUCAAGUCUUACAGUUGCACCUGCAACAUUGGAUGGACUGGUCCAACUUGUGCUCAGAGCACACUUUUAGGAUAA